AUGGCCGAAACGAUGCGUGCAUGGGUCUUCCGCUCGUCAGGACACCCGUCCAAGGUCCUCAAGCUCGAGCAAGACUGGCCGAAGCCCACCCCGUCCGGCACUCGCAUCCUCGUUCGUGUCAAAGCCGCCGCCUUGAACCCGGUCGGAUACAAGGCGAUGGUCCUCCCUGGCCUGCGGUGGAUGCAGAAGAAGCCUGCUGUACCUGAGCACGACCUUGCCGGUAUCAUCGAGGGAGGCGACCUAAGCGGAACCGACUUGAAGGUCGGCGACGAGGUUAUCGGGUUCGUUCCGGCCGACUCGACGAUGAAGAGCGGACAGGGUGUUCUUGCCGAGUACACGCUCGUCGAGAAGAACCUCUUGACGAAGAAGCCCGACAACGUCAAGUUUACCGAGGCCGCGACCUUCCCUCUAACGACGUUCACCUCCUACUGGGCCUUGAAGCGCGUCGCGGGUCUUGCGAAGAGUUCAGGCCAGCGUGUCUUCAUCAACGGCGGAUCCGGCGGCGUCGGCGUUUACGCCGUUCAGCUCGCCAAAGCCUACGGCGCCUACGUCGUCACGACUUGCUCCCCUCCCUCUCGUAAGCUCGUCGAGAGCCUCUCGCCCGACGACAUCCUCGACUACAAGGAGUCGGACCUCGUCGAGCAGCUUGCAACCAAGUAUGGCGACAAGCCGUUCGACAUUGUCUUCGACACGGUCGGGCACAAUUCGGACCUGUACUACAAGUCGCCAAAGUUCCUCAAGAAGGACGGCCACUUUGUCGACAUCGCCGGCCCGCACUUCGAGAGCACAUUCACCUCGAUCCUCGGCGCCGGCAUCGACCUGAUCAACCGCAACCUCCGCCCCGCUUUCCUCGGCGGCGUGCCGCGCAAGUACAAGUUUGGCAUGAUGAAGCCUGCCGAGGGCGAGUUGGACGAGAUGGCGCAGUUCAUUCGUGAGGGCAAGCUCAAAGCUAUUGUCGACGAGGUCUUCCCCUUCGAAAAAGCUCUGGCUGCGUACGACAGGCAGAUGUCGAACCGCGCCAAGGGCAAGGUCGUCGUCUCCUUCACCGGCGACGCUUAG